ACUGUAGAGUGCUGUUUGUAUAUUAGUUAAGUUUUCCGCUACAAAGUACAAAGUAGUAACUUAUUUCGGAAUGCUUUCAAAACAUGAUAUUUAUUAUACAUUAUAAGGACGUUAUAUUCCUUUUAAUGUUUAUUGUUUAAUACAAAAUAUUCUACGCAGCCGUGUUUUUACCAUGGCGGAUAAUGAUGAAAGUUUACAUCGCUUGGAAGGGACUUCAGGUGAUGCUCCUGGUGGGUUAAUCAUUAGAAAGAAAGAAAAAACAGAAGAGUUUCAGUUUGCUUUGCCUUCUCUUCUUGGUUUAGAUAAGUUAGCGGCAGCUAAACGUAAACAAAACCGCUUAAUAUCUUUUCAACCUGAGGACACUGAAUCAGAUUCAAAUCAAGAUGAAAGUGACUCGUCUACUGUAAAAGAAAGAAAAUACCGGAGACAUAAUGAAGAGACUCCAACCUACACCGGUGGUCUUUCUGAAGAAGCUCGAAAUAGAAUGCUGGAACGAUUACAAAAAAAAACAAAAGAAUCUAGAGAAAAAGGUGUACACAAUUCUACACAAGAGGAAAAAAAAUCUAGAUCAAAAGAGGAAGAUAUAGAUCGCCAUUACCGUCGGUAUGAUCGUCGGGAUAGGGACAGACGAUAUGAUGAUGACAGAAGAGACAGAGACUGGCAAAGACGAGAUAUAGGGUCUGAUAGAAGGGAUAGAGAUAGAAGAGAUAGGGAUUCUGAUAGAGAUAGUUCGAGAAGAAGUUAUUAUGAACCAAGGUUUAAGGAUGAGCCUCGCACACCAAGUAUUAAAGCAUUAAAACCAACUGAUAAGACAGCCUGGGAUGAAGAUGACGAUGACCCAAAGGCUGUUAGGAAGUCAAGUUGGGAUUAUCCAACUCCUUUACCAAGGGAAUCGCCAGAUCGAUCUACUAGGAGUGAUAGAAGGCCUAUCAGGGAUUAUAAAGGAAGACCAUAUGAUGAUACACCUAGACCUACACCUCAUAAAUGGGUCAGUUCACGGCGUGGUCUAGAUGUAGAUGAUCCCGACUGGCAGGAAGCUGAAAAGAAAUUAGACCGUGCUUGGUACAAUAUGGGUGAAGGUGAGACUGAUGAAUCUGACCCCUUUGCUGGAACAUCAGCUGAAUAUAUAGCUCGUAAGGAAGAACAAAUAGAGAAACGCCGGAAUCGAAAAGUGUCAGCUGCGAGGCAGCAAAUAGACAAGGACAACGAGCUGUGGGAAAGGAACAGAAUGCUUACAAGCGGAGUUGUUCAUUCUAUAAAUAUCAAUAACGAUCUUGAUGAGGAAAGUGUGGACCGGGUACAUUUAUUGGUACACAAUAUUGUUCCUCCAUUCCUGGAUGGUCGCAUCGUGUUUACAAAACAACCGGAACCAGUUAUACCUGUUAAAGACCCGACAUCUGAUAUGGCGAUUAACGCGAGGAAAGGUUCUGCUUUAGUUAAGGCCUUUAGAGAACAAAAGGAAAGAAGAAAAGCUCAGAAGAAACAUUGGAAAUUGGAAGGAACUAAAAUAGGUAACAUAAUGGGUAUUCAGAAGGAGCAGGAAGAAAUUGAAGAUGGGCCCACGAAGGAGGCCUAUAAAUACGCCGAACAUUUGGACAAAGAGGGUCAACAACCGGAGUCGAAGUCAGAUUUUGUCAAAAAGAAAACGAUAUCAGAACAAAGGCGGUUUCUUCCUGUCUUCGCUGUUAGAGAGGAAUUGAUGCAGGUCAUAAGAGAGAAUAACGUAAUUAUUAUUGUUGGUGAAACGGGAAGUGGUAAAACGACGCAGCUGACCCAAUACCUUCACGAGGAAGGGUUCAGUAAGCUCGGCAUGAUCGGUUGUACGCAGCCCCGUCGUGUGGCCGCCAUGUCCGUCGCCAAAAGGGUUGCUGAUGAAAUGGGCGCGAGACUGGGUGAGGAAGUAGGCUACGCCAUACGUUUCGAAGACUGUACAUCGCCCAACACGGUCAUAAAGUAUAUGACGGAUGGUAUAUUACUACGCGAGGGUUUACGGGAACCGGAUUUGGACAACUACUGUGCGGUGAUUAUGGACGAGGCCCACGAGAGGUCGCUGUCCACUGAUAUGCUGUUUGGAUUACUUCGGGAGGUGGUGGCCCGCCGUUCAGACUUGAAGUUGAUUGUGACGUCAGCUACAAUGGACUCCAGCAAGUUCGCAACAUUCUUCGGCAACGUCCCAACGUUCACGAUACCUGGACGUACUUUUCCCGUUGAGACGUUUUUUGCUAAGAAUGUUUGUGAGGAUUAUGUGGAUGGCGCUGUUAAGCAGGCUCUACAAAUCCACCUUCAGCCUGAUGAAGGAGACAUCCUGAUCUUCAUGCCUGGUCAAGAGGACAUUGAAGUUACUUGCGAGGUAUUAACAGAGAGACUGGGAGACCUAGAUGCAGCCCCGCCUCUUACAGUGCUCCCGAUAUACUCCCAAUUACCAGCUGACUUGCAAGCGAAGAUAUUUCAACGCGCACCGCCGGGUCAAAGAAAAUGCAUAGUGGCCACAAAUAUUGCUGAAACAUCUCUAACUGUGGAUGGCAUAAUGUAUGUGAUAGACUGUGGUUACUGCAAGCUGAAGGUCUACAAUCCUAGGAUUGGUAUGGAUGCACUGCAGAUAUAUCCCGUAAGUCAAGCGAACGCCAGGCAGCGCGCUGGUCGUGCCGGUAGGACUGGCCCGGGAAAGGCAUUUUGCCUUUACACGCAGAGGCAAUUCCAACACGAGUUGUUAUCGGCCACUGUACCCGAGAUACAGAGAACUAAUCUGGCGAAUACUGUGCUGCUGCUGAAGUCUUUGGGCGUCGAAGAUCUUCUAGCGUUUCACUUUAUGGACCCUCCACCGCAGGACACAAUUCUGAACUCAAUGUACCAGCUGUGGAUCCUUGGGGCCCUGGACGGCACUGGGGCUCUAACCCCACUGGGCCGGCAGAUGGCCGAGUUCCCCUUGGACCCGCCCCAGUGCCACAUGCUGAUCGUGUCCGCCCAAAUGGGUUGUAGUGCCGAAGUACUCAUCAUUGUAUCAAUGCUGUCCGUCCCCACGGUGUUCUACCGACCUCAAGGCCGGGAGGAGGAAUCCGACUCCGUAAAAGAGAAGUUCCAGGUGCCGGAGUCCGACCACCUCACUCUCUUGCAUCUGUACAACCAGUGGAAGAGUAAUAACUACUCAAGUUCCUGGUGUACGGAGCAUUUCGUGCAUGCGAAAGCCAUGCGCAAAGUGCGCGAGGUCCGACAGCAGCUGAAGGACAUCUUGCAGCAGCAGAGACUGCCGCUCCUGUCCUGUGGCACGGAUUGGGAUACGGUGCGGAAGUGUAUCUGUUCCGCGUACUUCCAACAAGCGGCCCGCCUGAAGGGCAUAGGGGAAUACGUGAACUGUCGGACGGGCAUGCCUUGCCACCUCCACCCGACUUCGGCGCUGUUCGGCCUGGGCAACUCGCCCGACUACGUGGUCUACCACGAGCUGAUGAUGACCAGCAAGGAGUACAUGCACUGCGUCACGGCCGUGGACGGAAGGUGGCUGGCGGAGUUGGGGCCCAUGUUCUUCUCGGUCAAGGAGACUGGCAAAACAAACCGCGACAAACGCAAAGAGGCAGCAGUCCACUUGCAGCGGAUGGAAGAGGAGAUGAAAGAGGCCGAACAUAAGAUGGCGGAAGAAAAGAAGAAGAAAGAUCAAGACGUUCCUGUCAAACAGGAAGUCGCCACACCCGGUUUAGCCACGCCCAAGAGGACGCCUCACAGACUCGGACUGUAGACAAUAGACAAUAAAAAUCUAUUUCUUUA